AUGAUAUCUGGUAAAGAAAUUAGGAUUAUAUCAUUAUUGACUUUAGAUUCAGUAUUUUUCCUACUGGAAAUUACAAUUGGUUAUAUGUCUCAUUCACUAGCACUAAUAGCAGACUCAUUCCAUAUGUUAAAUGAUAUCUUCUCUCUAUUAGUAGCAUUAUGGGCUGUUAAUGUAGCGAAAAAUAGAGAUCCUGAUGCGAAAUACACUUAUGGUUGGAAAAGAGCUGAAAUCUUAGGAGCUUUAGUUAAUGCCGUAUUCUUAAUAGCUUUAUGCUUUUCCAUCUUCAUUGAAGCUUUACAAAGAUUAUUACAACCAGAAGAAAUUCAAAAUCCAAGAUUGGUAUUAUACGUCGGGAUUGCAGGUUUAAUAUCAAAUUUGUUUGGAUUGGUUUUAUUCCAUGAUCAUGGUCAUGGUCAUAGUCAUGGUCAUGACCAUGGACAUUCUCACGGCGGCGAUCUUCUAGAACUUGGAACAGAACAACAACAUCAUACUCAUAGCCAUGAUUUGGAAGCAAAUAUGUCUCAUUCACAUUCGCAUUCACAUCCACAUUCAAACACGGACCUAUCAACAGAAUCUUCAUUAUCAAAAUCAAACACUCCAGCAAUUAGUAUGAGUAACGAAGAUCUUGAUGAUGUAUUACCUGAUAUGGUAGUGGAAAGAAUUGCAUCAGAGAAUACAUCAUUAUUACCAAAGGAUACAAAUGAAAAUGAAAAUACCCUUCCUACAAGCUCUACAACAAUAACAAAUAACAAUAUUUCUACAACUCCAACUCCAAUUUCAAAUACUAUGAAAACAAAAAAUCAAAAAAAAUCGCAAAGAUCAUUAAAUAUGCAUGGUGUGUUUCUUCAUGUAAUGGGAGAUGCAUUAGGUAACGUAGGCGUUAUAAUCGCCGCUUUAACCAUAUGGAAAACAAAUUAUUCUUGGAAAUAUUAUACAGAUCCAAUAGUCUCUUUACUAAUUACAAUAAUUAUCUUCUCAUCAGCAUUACCUUUAUCAAGAAAGGCAUCAAGAAUUUUAUUACAAGGUACUCCGUCAACAAUAUCUGCUGAUGAUGUUCAAAGAGAAAUUUUGACUGUACCAGGUGUAGUAGCAGUACAUGAUUUCCAUAUUUGGAAUUUGACUGAAGCUAUCUUCAUUGCAUCCAUUCAUGUGGAAAUAGAUUGUAUUCCUGAUAAAUUCUUAUUCUCUGCUAAAUUAAUUAGAAACAUCUUCCAUAAUCAUGGUAUACAUUCUGCAACAGUUCAACCAGAAUUCAUCUCAGGUAACGUCAGUGCUGAUACUCGUAAUAGAUUCUCAAGGAUUGCAGGUGGUAGUUCAGAAUUCAAUUCUUCAUCAUCUAUUGAAACUAAUGGUUCAAUAGAUAAUUAUAGAAAUAAUAGUGAUAAUUCAAGACCUUCUGCUUAUGGUGCUACUACAUCUAAUCCUCAUUGUUUAAUUGAUGAUGCUGUUAAUUGUAACACGGCAAACUGUCUGCAGAAUAAAAAAAAAAAACUGGAUGCUUAUAGAAAUAACCGGAUUCUUUAUAUAUCACCACCGGACACAGUUCUAUUCCAAUUUCAAACCACUUCUCAUAGAUACAUUUUUUAUAUAACAUACAUAUAUAUUCAUCGACAAAAAAUAAAUAAUAAUCAACGUCCUUGUUGUCUUUAUAUUUAA